AUCCAUUUCUUUUAGCAAUAUUCCAAACGAACUCUAGCCAAAUACAUACGUCACUCUCUCCCUCUCUCUCGAUCUAAUCUCCGUUUUUCGCUUCCCUACAAAAUUCAAUUAAGGAGCUGCAAAUUGCGAUCAUCUGUUUGUUUCCAUGGCUACCGUACUUGAAUCUCUGACUAUUCCUCGCUCCUCUGCUUUGCCUAAACCUACAAUUUCUCCUUCCGUCACUGCCUCUUCGAUCUCUUAUAUUAACCGGAGACCGGCAGUUUCCUUACCGGAAGCCAGAGGUCUUAAGGUUAGUUUCAACUCCUCCAUGACUCGCUCUUUUGGAUGGGCCUCUCAGACUCUGGAUCGUUCUAGACUCGCUCGUGGCGCAAGAAUCGUGUGCGAGGCGCAGAACACUGCUGUUGAAGUGCUUGAAGUUACUGAGAAGACGUGGCAGUCACUUGUCCUCGAAUCUGAAUCCCCUGUCCUGGUCGAAUUCUGGGCUCCGUGGUGUGGUCCUUGCCGAAUGAUUCACCCUGUAAUCGAUGCACUUGCAGGGGAAUACGUUGGAAAGCUUAAGUGCUAUAAGCUUAAUACUGAUGAAAGUCCUGCAAUUGCAACUCGAUAUGGGAUCAGAAGCAUUCCAACUGUUAUGAUCUUCAAGAACGGAGAAAAGAAAGAUGCGAUUAUUGGUGCAGUUCCCAAAAGUACAUUAACCACCAGCAUAGAGAAAUUCUUGUGAGAAAGAUGGUGAGUGAAGAAGACAGUUUGCUGGAACGAAACUCUUUCUAGGAUUUGUUUCUUCUCUCUUUAGCUUAAUAGCUUCUAAUGCCCUAAGUUGAUAUGCUUUGCUCCUGUAAUAAACUUAGUGUUCCUCUGUAUAGUUUAAUGGAAACAGCUGCAUUUUCUUUAUAUUUAGAGAACAGAUUGUAUUAGCUAUAUCGCUUGCAUGAUUAACCAGUCAUUAUAGAGUUCACAUUGUCCCAGUUA